CGCUUCUUCCCGCCGGGCGCGGCUCUGGGCUGCCCGGGGAGGGCGGGGGGCGGCGGCGGCCUUCCCUUCGUGGGCGGUGCCGGGCGGCGCCUCGGGCUAGCCAAGCGCCUCCCCGCCCGGCGGCCGCUGGGUCAGGCCGGGCCGGACUGGGCGCGCGCGCUUCCGGGUGGCUCCCGCGGCCCUGCUGGCCGAAGGCUCGUCGUCAGCGCGGGCUGCGAAUUGCGUCCGGGCAGGCCGGGCCCCGCUCGGCCCUCUUCCGCCUCCGGAGUCCGUCCGCAGCCCGAAGGAUGCGGCAAUGUAAGGCGCCGGCGGGAGGCCGGGGCCGCUUGGGCGGCCGCUGGUGACGCCGGCCUGCUCGUUGCAGAGCGGGAUGGUUGGCUGCGCGCUCUGGCAUGUCGUCCGGGAGGGCCGAGCUGAAGGAGGGCGCUUCCGCGGCUAAGUUCUUCGUGGGCUCCCGAGAUGAGGAGGUGGACUUCCUGGGAGCAGACCUGAAGAUGGAGGAGCUGCGCUUCUUUGAGGAUGAGGAGGAGGAGGAGGAGGAGUCGCCUCCAGAACGGCAGAUUGUGGUUGGCAUUUGCGCCAUGACCAAAAAGUCCAAAUCGAAGCCCAUGACCCAAAUCCUGGAGCGGCUGUGCAAGUUUGAAUACAUCGCGGUGGUGAUCAUGGGGGAAGACGUCAUCCUGAACGAGCCAGUGGAGAAGUGGCCGGCCUGCGACUGCCUGGUCUCCUUCCACUCCAAAGGGUUUCCUCUGGACAAAGCCGUUGCUUACGCCAAACUCCGCAACCCUUUUCUGAUUAACGACCUUGAUAUGCAAUAUUACAUCCAGGACAGGCGGGAGGUCUACCGGAUCCUGCAGGAAGAGGGGGUCGACCUGCCUCGUUAUGCGGUGCUCAACCGGGACCCUGAUCGCCCAGAGGAGUGCAGCCUGGUGGAGGGAGAGGACCACGUGGAGGUCAACGGGGCCAUUUUCCCCAAGCCCUUUGUGGAAAAGCCAGUCAGUGCUGAGGACCACAACGUCUACAUCUACUAUCCCUCUUCGGCUGGUGGGGGCAGCCAGCGCCUUUUCCGCAAGAUUGGGAGCCGCAGCAGCGUCUACUCUCCAGAGAGCAGCGUACGGAAGACUGGAUCAUAUAUUUAUGAGGAGUUCAUGCCUACAGAUGGCACAGAUGUCAAGGUCUACACGGUGGGUCCCGACUAUGCUCAUGCCGAGGCACGGAAGUCCCCUGCUCUUGAUGGGAAGGUGGAACGGGAUAGCGAAGGAAAGGAGAUCCGCUACCCAGUUAUGUUAACAGCCAUAGAAAAGCUGGUGGCCCGAAAAGUCUGUGUGGCCUUCAAGCAGACCGUGUGCGGCUUUGACUUACUGCGGGCCAACGGCCAGUCCUUCGUCUGUGAUGUCAACGGCUUCAGUUUUGUGAAGAACUCUAUGAAGUACUAUGACGACUGUGCCAAGCUCCUUGGGAACAUCAUCAUGCGUGAAAUGGCCCCCCAGUUCCAGAUCCCCUGGUCCAUCCCCACUGAAGCAGAGGACAUCCCCAUUGUGCCCACCACUUCAGGGACAAUGAUGGAGCUACGGUGUGUGAUUGCAGUUAUAAGGCAUGGUGAUCGGACCCCCAAGCAGAAGAUGAAGAUGGAAGUGAAACAUCCCAGGUUCUUUGUUCUGUUUGAAAAAUACGAGGGCUACAAGACUGGGAAGCUGAAGCUGAAAAAGCCGGAGCAGCUUCAGGAGGUGCUGGAUAUUGCUCGGCUGCUGGUGCAGGAGCAGGGCACCCUCGGAGACGCCGUGGCAGAGGAGCAAAAGUCGAAACUGGAGCAGCUGAAGACCGUGUUGGAGAUGUAUGGGCACUUUUCUGGAAUCAACCGCAAAGUGCAGCUGACCUACCUGCCUCGUGGGCACCUGAAGGCAUCCAGUGAUGAGGAAGAUCUCAAGGAAGCCUCCCCGUCCUUGCUCCUGGUGCUGAAGUGGGGGGGUGAGCUGACUCCUGCAGGCAGAGUGCAAGCGGAGGAGCUGGGCCGAGCCUUCCGCUGCAUGUAUCCAGGGGGCCAAGGAGACUAUGCUGGUUUUCCAGGCUGUGGCCUCCUUCGGUUGCACAGCACCUACCGCCACGAUCUCAAGAUCUACGCCUCUGAUGAGGGCAGAGUCCAGAUGACGGCAGCAGCAUUUGCAAAGGGCCUCCUUGCUCUGGAGGGGGAGCUGACGCCCAUCCUAGUGCAAAUGGUGAAGAGCGCCAACAUGAACGGCCUGCUGGAUAGUGACAGUGACUCCCUCAGCAGUUGCCAGCACCGAGUGAAGGCUCGUCUGCGGGAGAUCAUGCAGAAAGACGCCUCGUUCUGCGCGGAGGACUAUGAGAAGCUGGCACCCACAGGCAGUGCUUCGCUCAUCAAGUCCAUGGGGAUAAUUGGGAAUCCAGUGGAGACCUGUGAACAAGUCUUUCAGCUGAUUGAGAGCCUCACUUCCCAGAUCCAGAGGCGUCUGGAAGACCCCAAGUCUGCCGACUUGCAGCUCUACCACAGCGAGACCCUGGAGCUGAUGCUGCAGCGCUGGAGGAAGCUGGAGCAGGACUUCCAGCUGAAGAACCGACGUUACGAUAUCAGCAAGAUCCCCGACGUCUACGACUGUGUCAAGUACGACAUCCAGCACAACGCUGCCCUGCAGCUGGAAGGCACCCUUGAGCUGCUCAGGCGCUCUAAGGCGCUGGCAGACAUCGUGAUCCCCCAGGAGUACGGCAUCAGUCAGCAGGAGAAGCUGGAGAUUGCAGUGGGAUUUUGCCUGCCCCUCAUCAAGAAGAUCCAGCUGGAUCUGCAGCGAACCCACGAGGAUGAGUCUGUCAACAAGCUGCACCCUUUGUAUUCCAGGGGAGUCCUGUCUCCAGGGCGCCAUGUCCGGACACGUUUGUACUUCACCAGCGAGAGCCAUGUCCAUUCCCUGCUUAGCAUCUUCCGCUAUGGAGGCCUGCUGGAUGCCUCGAAAGAUGCCCAGUGGAAGAGGGCCAUGGACUACCUGGGGGCCAUUUCGGAGCUGAACUACAUGACUCAGAUUGUCAUUAUGCUGUACGAGGAUAACAACAAGGACCCAUCGUCUGAGGAGAGGUUCCACGUGGAGCUGCAUUUCAGUCCCGGAGUGAAAGGUUGCGAGGAGGAAGGCAGUGCGCCAGCGGGAUGCGGCUUUCGACCAGCCUCUGCAGAGAAGGAGGCCAGAAAGCCGGAGCAGGGGAGUCUGGAGGACCUGGCCGAAGCCAAGGUCAGCGACGAGACAGACAGGGCCGAGACACAAUCCCCGCAGCCUUUGGAGCCGGUCUGCGUCCAGCGCCGGUCACCCUUGAUCCGGAACCGCAAGACGGGCUCCAUGGAGGUGCUGUCCGAGUCAUCCAAAUCCAGCGGGUAUCGGCUCUUUUCCUACGCCAGGCAUUCGUCAGAGGGGAAACAGAGCGGCUUAGGGUCACCGUGCUCAAGGCUCUUCAGCACCACAGUCCUGGGGGGCUCCUCCAGUGCCCCAAAUCUUCAGGACUACGCGCGCAGCCAUGGGAAAAAGUUUGUCUCCAGCUUUCUGUACAAAGAAGGGUUCGAAGGCUGCUCCAUGGUGCCCAGUAUCUACCCACUGGAGACGCUGCACAACUGCCUCUCCCUUCGCCAGGUCAGCGAUUUCUUGACUGCUCUGUCUGGGAGCUGCCCCGUCCCCCAGUCGAGGCCCUGCACAGAGGGGAACAGCCAGUUGGAUGUGGCCUCCGGUACAGGCCUCGUGGAAUCCUUGUCCUCUUUGGCCAUCUGCUUCCACGGGGACCAGCCUGGCAACCAGCUCCCCAGUGAGGAACUGCUCAGCAUGGAAGAAGGGGGCCUCAAGGGCUUCUCCCCCGGGGGGGAGCUCCUGGCAGUGAGCGAGGAGGAGGCGGCGGGGCCAGAGCAAAACUGGUUGGAGGAGGCCCCAGCCCAGCGGGAAGAGCAGCCAGAGGAGGGAGAGGGGCAGCCGUGGGACCCAGAGCCAGACCCAGAUGAGCUGAACAGCAAAAAGGUGUGAGAGAUCUUACUCACAGGGCCCCCGAGCGAGCGAGGGGCUUAGGGACCUUGCCUGGGGAGACAGGGCAAGGCAACUUCUGCUCCUCGGCAGCACCUGGGAGACUGCCAUUCCACCAGCAAAAGUUAAGAGCAGUGAAGACUCCAAUAGGGAGCUCAUAUGGGUCUACGCUGCCUCACUGGAGCUGAGGAAACUUCAGGGCCAGCCAGGUGGAUCGUGCACUCCAGGCUUUCCAUGGAGGUCUGGUGAAGCCGCUGAAGCAGCAACCAGCCUGGCUUUGGAUGGUGUAGGAAGAGGAAUGCCCCCCCCCCCCGAAGCCCCUUCCCAGCCUUGCUGGAACCACCAGGAGAAUCAGGUUUUCUUAGAAGUAUACAAGUCAGUUGCCGGCGUGUGCGUGUGCGUGUGUGUUACCAAAUGUAAAUAGUAAUAUAUUCUUUACAUCAGUGGUUGGGGG